AUGACUGGGUCAAUUGACCAUCAGACUCCGGCGCAUGCCGAUGAGAAGGGCAUCGCGCAGCACCAGGAGAGCAGCGAUCUGGAGAACCGUCCUAGCCACCACGAGGUGGCCGAUAGCGGUUCCAAUGAGGUAGAGCUUCAUGAGUCCGAGAAGGACAUUCCGAUGACCUUCCGCCGCUUCAUGGGAUUCACUUCCAUGGCCUUCCUGUGGACUGGCAGUCAAAUUCCCGUUUAUCUUUUUGGUAUUCCUCCCUACAUCUAUGGAUCGAUUGGUGGGGCGGACCGUUGGAUCUGGUUUGUUCUUGCAAAUCUUCUCGCUCUGGCAGGUGUCUGUCCGUUUGUCGGAUCUCUUUCCGACUUGAUCGGUCGUCGCUAUGUUGCCAUCCUCGGUGCCUGUCUCGUCUGUCUUGGCAUGAUCGUUAGCAGCACGGCGCAUGAAAUGAAUACCUUCAUCGCUGGUAUGGCCAUUGCUGGUGCUGGCGCCGGUAUUAACGAGCUGACUGCGCUGGCUGCAACCUCGGAAAUGGCACCAACCCGCAAGCGUGGUGUCUAUGUCGCCGUCCUGAUUUUCACCAUCGUGCCAUUCUGCCCUUCUGUCCUGUGGGCUCAGCUCAUCGCCUACCAUAGCACUUGGCGCUAUGUUGGCGCCUUUUGCGGUGCAUGGAAUGGCUUUGGUCUUUUGAUAACCAUUCUCUUCUACAACCCUCCUCCUCGUGUCAACUCUCUUGGAUUGAGCCGGAAGGAAAUUAUUAGCCGGAUCGACUUUGUCGGUGGCUUCUUAAGCAUCACCGGGCUGAUUGUCUUUAUGGCUGGUAUGCAGUGGGGUGGUUAUAUGUACCCCUGGAGCUCCGCUCACGUCCUCGCCCCCCUUAUUAUCGGCUUCCUGAUGCUGGUUGCCUUCGGCUUUUGGGAAGUUUACGGCGCCAAAUACCCCAUCUUCCCUACGCGGUUGAAGCAGGAACCUCGGACCCUUGGUCUGACCCUGGUCAUCACCUUCAUUUCCGGAGCGAACUUCUUCUCCGUGCUCAUGUUCUGGCCUACGGAGUCUUUCAAUGUAUACGGACACGACCCCGUUGAUGUCGGUGUUCGCAGUUUGCCUAUUGGUUUUGGCAUCUUGUCUGGCGCCUGCAUUGUGCUUGUCCUUUUGAGUGUGUUCCGCGGGCACAACAAGGAGCUCCUAAUUGUGAGCAGUGUUCUUAUGACAGCUGGUUGUGGCGCUUUAGCUAUUGGUCGAGUUGACAAUCUCUAUCAGAUGUGGGGGCUUCUCAUCUUGGCCGGUCUUGGAAUUGGUGGAAUUGUCGUUCCUGCCUCGAUUAUCACCACCAUCAUCUGUCCCGAUGACCUGAUCGCCACCAUCUCCGCUCUCACGCUCUCCAUUCGCGUCGUGGGGGGCAGUGUCGGUUACACCAUCUACUACAACGUCUUCAUUUCAAAGUUUGUUCCGGCGGCGAAGCACUAUAUUGGCGGUGUGAUGGUAACCCAGCUUAACAUUACUAGCGUGGAGGUUAUCACUGAAGUCAUUGAACUUACAGGUGCUUCAUUGUUGACUGAGAUCCAGAAGGUUCCCGGUAUUGCUGGCAACGAGACCGCGUAUCAAAUGGUAGUCGCGGCGGGCCAGAUCGCAUAUGCCGAGUCCUACAAAUGGGUUUAUUACGUCAGUAUCGCAUUCGGUAUUGUUUCGAUCCUGGCAUCAUGCUUCUUGGGCAAUAUCAGCAAGUACAUGACCGAUCAUGUGGCAGUCGUGAUGUGA